UGAUUGAUGUGUAGACAUCCUUCCAUUGUAAUAUCAUCGAGUAUUUUCUGUGGUGCCAAGGUCCAAAGGGUACGUGAGCAGCAGCCAAGGUGAUUGAUUAGAUAUUCGGUUCUGAGCCGAGGUCCAACCGCCAAAGUUCGGCAUCUUCUCCGCUCCACAGCUUCUCCGCAGUUUCACCAACUGCUCGUAUGAUUGAUGCUUCUCAUGUCUUUAUAAUCUCUCCCUCCACUGGCUUCUUUGCUCUGCAUAAUCCUAAUUCCCUUUAAUCCUCUGAAACUUGAUUUACUAGUAAAAUAACACAGCAUCAUGUCUGCCUCCACACGGAUUCCCACAAUUGCCCUACCGUUCGUCAGCGACCGGGCCAAGAAGACCCUGGACCAGGUCGAACAAUUUGUCGAAAAAGAAUGUAUUCCCGCCGAAAAGCUCUUCCAAGCCCAGCUGGGCGAAGGCGAUCAGCGAUGGGCCACCUACCCAGCCGUCAUGGAAACCCUCAAGACUAAGGCCCGCCAGCAAGGCCUGUGGAACAUGUUCCUGCCCAAGAACCACUACACUCAGGGUGCGGGAUUCACCAAUCUCGAAUACGGUCUGAUGGCCGAGUAUCUGGGAAAGAGCAAGUUGGCUUCGGAGGCCACGAAUAACGCCGCGCCAGACACUGGAAACAUGGAAGUCAUCGCCAAAUACGGCAGCGAAGCACAGAAGCAGCAGUGGCUGGCGCCCUUGCUGGACGGCAAGAUCCGCUCGGCCUUCCUCAUGACAGAGCCCGAGGUAGCCUCCAGCGAUGCGACGAACAUCCAGUUGAACAUCCGCCGUGAAGGCAACCAAUCCGUCCUCAAUGGAUCGAAAUGGUGGUCCUCCGGCGCAGGCGACCCCCGCUGCAGUGUCUAUCUGGUAAUGGGCAAAUCCGACCCAACCAACAAGGACCCCUACCGCCAACAAUCCGUCAUCCUCGUGCCCGCCGACACCCCCGGAAUCACCGUGCACCGCAUGCUUUCCGUGUAUGGGUACGACGACGCCCCCCAUGGCCACGGCCACAUUAGCUUCAAGGACGUGCGCGUCCCCGUCUCCAACAUCGUCCUCGGCGAAGGCCGCGGCUUCGAAAUCAUCCAGGGCCGUCUGGGUCCCGGCCGGAUCCACCACGCGAUGCGCACGAUCGGCGCCGCCGAGAAGGCGAUCGAGUGGCUCAUCGCGCGGAUCAACGAUGAGCGUAAGCAGACCUUCGGCAAGAGCCUGUCCUCACAUGGUGUCAUCCUUGAGUGGCUGGCGAAGUCCCGGAUUGAGGUCGACGCCGCUAGACUGAUUGUCCUCAAUGCUGCGAUCAAGAUCGAUCAGGGUGAUGCCAAGUCUGCCCUGAAGGAGAUUGCUCAGGCCAAGGUUCUGGUGCCGCAGACCGCAUUGACGGUCAUUGACCGUGCCGUGCAGGCGUAUGGUGCCGCUGGUGUGUGCCAGGACACCCCGUUGGCCAAUCUGUGGGCCAUGAUUCGGACGUUGCGGAUUGCGGACGGUCCGGAUGAGGUGCACUUGCAGCAGCUCGGCAAGAGGGAGAACCGGGCUCGCAAGGAUGCGGUGAUUGAGAAGUUGGAUUGGCAGCGGGCCGAGGCGGAGCGCUUGUUGGCUGCUAGUGGGCUUAAACUGAAGAGUCAUUUGUAAAUGAGAUGAUUGAAAUACGGUAGUGUCAGGGUAACAAUCUGUCUGUCUACAGCGAAAUCUUUGGAGAGGGAGGACAACAUCACUCCUCUCCGUACGGAAUGAAUAAAUUAUAUAUCUGGAAGAUUAUCACGGUGAAAUUGAUUUCAUUCAAUAUGAACUGUCAUGAUUC